AUGGAGCUACUAAAUGAUUAUGAGUGUGAAAUAAAGUAUCAUCCGGGGAAGGCAAAUGUUGUUGCCGAUGCACUCAGUAGGAAGGUGAAUACUAAAGUGCCAAGGGCAAGAAUUAGCCACCUACAAGUAAGAAUAUCUCUAAGAGAUUGUUUCUUAGAAGACCAAGAAAAGGCCUUUGAAGGGAAGAAUAUUGAGAAUGAAGCAUUGUGUGGUAUGGAAAUGAGAUUUGAUAAGGAUGAUGAGGGUAUCUUAUACUUCAAGGGAAGAGCUUGGGUACCGAAAGUGAAUGGUUUAAGAGAUGUAUUUAUGAAUGAGGCUUACAAUACGAAGUAUUCAAUUCAUCCGGGCGCGGAUAAGAUGUAUCAAGGCCUAAAAAUGGAUUUUUGGUGGCCUAGAAUGAAAGGAGAUGUAGCUCGAUAUGUGAGCCGAUUCAUGACUUCCCAUUUCAUUCCCAUAAAAGAAGACAGGGACACCGAGCGUCUAGCUCGCUUGUAUGUUGAGAAGAUAGUAACAUUACAUGAAACGGGUGAAAGAAGCCUUGCUACCGUUGAUUUUGUCCAAGAGACAACGGAAAAGGUAGCAAUAAUUAAGGAAAAGCUUAAAGCUGCGAGAGACUGGCAAAAGAGUUAUGCGGAUCAAAGAAGAAAACCCCUAGAAUUUGAAGUUGGCGACAAGGUUCUGUUAAAGGUGUUGCCAUGGAAAGGAACCGUAAGGUUCGGCAAAAGAGGAAAGUUGUGCCCCCGAUACAUUGGGCCAUUUGAAAUUGUUGCUAGAAUAGGCCCCGUAGCCUAUAAGUUGAAGUUACCCCAAGAUUUGGGAGAUGUUCAUGACACAUUCCACGUGUCAAACUUGAAGAAAUGUUUAGCGGAUGAUUCGAAAGUAGUCCUACUCGAGGAACUAGGAGUGGAAGAUAAGCUCCAAAUUCAUGAGGAGCCCAUAGAAGUUCUCGACCGCGAUGAAAAGCGCCUUAAGAGAAACAAGAUCCCUAUCGUUAAAGUUAGAUGGGAUACGAGACGCGGACCCGAAUUUACGUUGGAGCGCGAGGACUUUUGUCACUAA